UGCCCCAAAACAAAAACAAAAAAGGAGUUGCUAGCAAACUCAACAAUGGCAGAACCCCAGGACGAGCUGCCGGCGGUGAUAGUCCUGGGCCGGCCAUCGGUUCUUAAUUUCUACGGCGACCAAUUUUCCUCAAAAUUCCAACUCCUAAAGCCAUGGGAAUCUUCACUUCCAUUGGACCAAUUCAUUUCCACACACGCUCAAUCCGUACAGGCUAUGUUUUGCACUGGCACGACCUGCGUUACUCCAUCGUUGCUCCGCCAACUUCCUUCUCUUCGGGUAAUCGUUACCACCAGCGCCGGCCUUAACCAUAUGGAUCUCGACGAGUGCCGCAGCCUCGGAAUUUCCGUUGCUAACGCUGGUACCGUUUUCUCGGAGGAUGUAGCUGAUUUUGCUGUUGGAUUGUUAAUUGAUGUUCUAAGAAAAGUAUCUGCUGCUAAUCGGUUUGUUAAGAAUGGACUUUGGCCUCUUCAUGGGGACUACCCACUUGCUUCCAAGGUGGGAGGCAGGAAAGUUGGAAUUGUUGGGCUGGGAAGCAUAGGCCUAGAAGUUGCAAAAAGGCUUGAAGCAUUUGGCUGCAUUAUAUCAUACCAGUCGAGGAAGAAAAAGCCUGUUGUCUACCCUUUCUAUCCCGACGUUCAUGAACUAGCAACCAAAUCUGAUGUCCUUGUCAUUUGUUGUGCUUUGACAGACCAAACUCAUCACCUGAUCAAUAAAGAGGUUCUACUGGCACUCGGUAAAGAAGGAAUAAUCAUUAAUAUUGCUCGAGGAGCCAUAAUCAAUGAGAUGGAGUUGGUGCAGUGUUUAGUGCAGGGAGAUAUUGCAGGUGCUGGCUUGGAUGUUUUCGAGAAUGAACCAAAUGUUCCUGAAGAGCUCCUUUCAUUGGAUAAUGUUGUACUGUCACAACAUGUCGCUUUUUUGACCGAGGAUUCUUUUCGAGAUUUAUAUGAACUCAUGUCAGGGAAUUUGGAAGCUUUCUUCUUGAACAAACCUUUGCUUUCUCCAGUUUUUGAUGACUGAGAUAUUCUUUUCAUCUGGGAGAUCUAUAAUUCUAUAUUGUAUCCUGAUCUGUCUUCAUAUUAUCAACAUCUCAUUCUGGAAACUCUCAGCAAAAGUGGAGUGUGAAUCUGCAUUUUGUCUCGCUUGACACAAAAUUUCCUUAACCUAUUGGUGUAUUACUGGAAGCAAGUUGUGUAGGAUCCUUAUAACAGAAAAGCAUUCUCCACACCAAAUGCGAAAUGAUUGUGCUACAACCAGGAAAAAAGCAAUUUGAUUCAUUUGCUACAAUCUGCAGAAAAAGCUGUUUGUUUUAUGCCAUUGUACAUGUGCGCAUGCAGAUGCUUGUCGGAUACAACUUUCAGUGUUUGAUUUGUGAUGAUAGACAUAGAAAUCUGUCAAUAUGAGUUUCUAUUCUCUGUGAUCUGAUGUUAAGGGCUUUCUCCUUGUAGUGUGAAAAUAGAAUUUUCAGUUGAUUGUGGA